AUGGCAAUUGCUCGCACCGGAGUCUACGUCGAUGACUACUUGGAGUACGCCAGCACGUUACCAGCUGAACUUCAGAGGCUGCUCAACACUGUGCGUGAACUCGAUGAACGAUCCCAAUCUAUGAUAAACCAGACCAGGCAGCAGACAAAGUACUGUAUGGGGUUCCCAUCACAUGGCUCUAAGAAGGGUAAUCACAGUUAUAAUAACAGUUAUGGGAAUGAGGACGAAGAUGUUGCUUUUGAGAAAAUGCGAAAAGAAAUCGAGGCAAAUCAAGAUAGUGCAUUGAGUCUAUGUACUGAGAAGGUUUUGUUGGCGCGACAAGCAUAUGACCUGAUAGAUAGCCAUGUAAAACGACUAGAUGAGGAUUUAAACAACUUCGUUGAAGAUUUAAAGCAAGAGGGUAAAAUACCACCAGAUGAACCAGCAAUUCUGCCCCCAUUGCCUAUAGUCCCUAAAGCAGAAAAGCGCAAGCCCAUAUAUAUAACUCCUCAAUCGAAGAGAAUUGAUUACAGGGACAGAGAUUGGGAUAGGGAGCGUGAUAGGGACUUCGAGUUAAUGCCUCCACCAGGAAGUCAUAAGAAAGAGUAUGCUACCCCAAUGGAUGUUGAUCAACAUAUUGAUCCAAAUGAACCUACAUACUGUGUUUGUCAUCAGGUAUCGUUCGGGGAUAUGAUUGCUUGUGACAACGAAAAUUGCCAAGGAGGUGAAUGGUUCCACUAUUCGUGUGUUGGGCUAACGCAGGAGACAAGGUUCAAGGGAAAGUGGUAUUGUCCGACUUGCAUAUUACUCCCACAAUGUCAACGAUGA